AUGGCGUCGGCGCGCCACGUGCUGCGUAACGCGCUCUCCGCGUUCCGCUCCCGCAUCCGCGAGUCGAGCACUCUCAUCAACCCCCGUUACAAGCACGUUUUGCAAGCCACCAGUAGUUCACCCACAUCAAGCUCCUUCCCCCCGUUAGUAGAUCGAGCCGCCAUCUCGCCGCAGUUUCACCACCAAAGCCCCCUCUACCUUCGUUAUAGCAACCCGUUGCCUUCCCCGCACCCGCGCGCGUUCUUCCCUCACGCUUCAGUCACAUCCGCGCAACAUUCUAACGCAGGUCUCGACGUUAGUAUAGUCACACCCGUGCAGCAGCUGCAUUCGCCAGCCUGCUGGCGGGUGACGUGGCAUCCGCAGAGCACACGCCAAGGGGUUGCUGUAGUCGCGCUGGUGGGCUGCAGUGCCACGUCAGCAGCAUCUGCGUUGUUCCAUCAUGGCAUCUCCGUUCUCUCUCAAGAGACCAAACCAGCCGAACCAACCAGCCAGAGCCAGCAGCAGCAGCAGCAGCAACCCCAGGCAGCCCGGCAGCUGCCGAACCAGCAGAAUCAGCAGGCUCGGCGGAGGUUCGGAGCGAGCGGGCCAACAGGGAGGCAGGCAGAGGCGAAUAAGUCCCAUCUAAUGUACUUAAUAGCUGCCGCGCUGGCCAUGCUGGGUGCUGCCUAUGCCUCCGUGCCCCUCUACCGCCUCUUCUGUCAAGCCACUGGGUUUGGGGGGACGACGCAGAGGAAAGAGACGGUGGAGGAGAAGGUGGCACGGCAGAGUGCAGACAACACUGCAGCGCCUGCCAGGGAGCUGGUGAUUCAUUUCAAUGCUGACGUGGCAGAGGGACUGCCGUGGCGCUUCAUCCCCACACAGAGAGAGGUUCGGGUGAGGCCCGGCCAGAGCACGCUCGCGUUCUACACAGCGCACAACAAGAGUGAUAAGCCCAUCACGGGCGUCAGCACCUACAACGUCUCUCCCAUGAAGGUGUGUGUGCGCCACUCGUGGUGUGCUGCUCUUGGUGUGCCGCCCAUAGUGUCCGCCCAUGUCUUGAAUGUGUGUUUGCCGCGUCAACUCAAAGCACAACAAGAGUGA